AUGUUGUUUCAAGUGGAAGGUUGGAAGUUGAAGAAUGACAAGAACAUAGCGUUGGGGGGUGUUCAAGAAAAGAAGAAAAAGAACAAGAAUAAAGACAAGAAGAAGGAAAGGCCAGUUGAGCAGAAACCUAAGCAUGAAGCUGUCGAGGAAGGGGAGAAGAAGCCUGCCAAAUCCAAAAAGAAUGAGGAAAAGGGUAGAGACAGCAAUGACAGCUCUGAACCAAAGACAACUAAAGAUAGGAAAAAGAGGAAUAGGGACGAAAAUAGCCAUGGUGAUCCAGAAUCCAUCACUGACAAAAGAGCAAAGACCAUCAAGAAAGUAGCCUCGAGCACAACAACUCCUAAAGCACCCAUUGGUGAUUCGGCACCACCUGUCCCAGUAACUUCUCAGACCAAGCUAACUCCAUUGCAACAAAAAAUGAUGUCGAAAUUGUCAGGAUCACGAUUUAGAUGGAUCAAUGAGCAAUUGUACACAAUCUCAUCGGAGGAAGCUCUCAGAUUGAUCAAAGAACAACCGUCAUUAUUUGAUGAGUAUCACCAAGGGUUUAAGUCCCAAGUGUCGAGUUGGCCAGAAAAUCCAGUCGAUGUGUUUGUCAAACAAUUUGAAUCGAGAUUAACUUCAAGAAACAUUAAUGCUCCCGGUGGAUUACCCGGAACUAAGGACAAGAAGAUUGUUGUUGCGGAUAUGGGAUGUGGUGAAGCUCAAUUCAGUGCCGACGUGACCAAAUUUGUCCAACAACAAAGGAAGAAGUCGAAAAAAUACAAGAGCUUGGAUGUCGAAAUCCACAGUUUUGAUCUCAAGAAACAAAAUGAUCGAAUUACAGUUGCUGAUAUUGCAAAUGUGCCGAUGGAAAAUGAAUCCGCUACGAUUGUGAUUUUCUGUUUGGCUUUAAUGGGUACCAAUUUCUUGGAUUUCAUAAAGGAGGCAUACAGGAUAUUGCAACCACGUGGUGAGUUGUGGAUUGCUGAAAUAAAGUCGAGAUUCAAUGAAAAGGCCAAUACUAAGAAUGGCGAAUUUGAAACAAUGGAUGAACAUAGUAAUGCAAAUAGUAAUGUGGGUCAAGAGUUUGUUGAUGCAUUGAAACUUUGUGGGUUUUUCCAUAAACUGACUGAUAAUUCAAACAAGAUGUUUACGAGGUUUGAGUUUUUCAAACCGCCGCAGGAUAUUCUUGACGAGAGAAGGGCCAAGAUGGAGAGAAGGAGGAAAUUUAUUGAAGAGGAGAGCGAAAAGGAGAAAUUGGAAAGUAAAAGAGAAGCCAAGCCUGAGGGACAGUGGUUGUUAAAACCUUGUAUUUACAAAAGAAGGUAG